AUGAGCGAUCUGACCGACGUUGAAGUCGAUGCACGAGCAUGGCCAACAUGGCGCAAAAUCACAACCGUAAUCUUCGUAGCAGGAUUCGCAUUCCUUAGUACCUCUGCCUCUUCCAUCAUCGCCCCAGGCCGCGAACAGAUCGAAGCCGACUUCCACACCUCCCGCACUGUCUCCGUCCUCCCUUUCUCCAUCUUCAACCUAGGCCUCGCCUGGGGUUCCGUGAUCGGGUCACCGAUAAGCGAAAGCCAUGGACGGAAAAUUGUCUAUCUCUUCGUGAUGCCAGCAUCGCUGGUCUUCGUGCUGGGCAGUGGGUUCUCGAAAUCGCUAGCGAGUCUGCUGGUGUGUAGGUUCUUGGGUGGGCUGUGUGGAAGUCCUGGAUUGACGUUGGCGUCGGCGACGAUUGCGGAUGUGUAUAAGCCGGGACGGGCGAGGGGUGUGGCGUUGUAUGGUUAUUAUAGCAUGCCGUGGGUCGGGAGUGUUUUGGGGCCGUUGAUUGGAUCUGUCGUUGUGGCUUACAGACCCUGGCAAUGGACACAAUGGGUUUUCCUCUUCAUCGCAGUGCCCAUGGUCCUUCCGGGCCUGCUCAUGCUCAAAGAGACGAAGCUGAGCGUCCUGGAAGCCAAGGUCGAGAAAGAAGGCAAUCCUUACUCAUGGCGAGAUACCGCCAAUCCGACACACCUUAAAACCCGCCUCACCGCCGCUACCAAAGCUGUACCCAAGUACUUCCGCUCUUCCCUCCUGCGACCACUGGAAAUGCUCUCCACCGAGCUAAUUGUAGCUCUGGUCUGCCUCUAUGCCGGCUUCAACUUCGGUCUAAUCUACGCACUGGUCAUCGUAUUCCCAGACAUCUUCAGCCACACAUACGGCUUCGAUACAAUCGACCAAGGCCUAUCCUUCCUCGGCCUAAUAGUGGGCUGCAUCCUAGGACCAACACUAUUGAUUGUAGACGGCGAAAUCGUCGAAAGAAGGAGAGCCCGAAUGAUAGACCAAGAGAAACUUGCAUCUGAAGAAAAGCUUCCUCCAGAAGCCAGACUCCACGGUGCGAUGAUCGGAUCCGUCCUGCUCCCUGUUGGUCUGCUGUGGUUCGCAUGGACAGCACAACCUUCAAUCAGUUUCCUGUCGUCAAUCUUUGCUUCCGUGUUGAUUACGCUGGGAGCACUGAUGAUCUAUGUCAGUACCUCGGCAUAUGUCGUCGACGUUUAUGGUCCGAGAUACGGCGCGUCAGCGAACGCUGCCAGCUCGAUCACGCGAUAUACUCUAGCUGCGGCGAUCCCCUUGUUUAUCUUGCAGAUGUACGAUGGUUUAGGGAUAGGCUGGGCAACGACUUUGCUGGCAGUUUGCGCUCUGGUCAUGAUGCCGAUACCGUUCUGCUUAUUCAAAUGGGGACCAGCUUUGCGGAGACGGUGUAAAUUUCAGGUAGAAUAG